UUCCCUGCAGCGCAAUUUGUCAGAGUACGAAUGGUGUUUGCCUGCCUCGCUCCUCGUACGCAUGUCUGUCCAUUUUCGGGGCUCAAGGAAGGACUCGGCUGCCUGAAAACCUUCGAGCGUCUCUCCGCUCUCCUUCAUCAUGUUGUUCUUAUAGUUCUGAUCUCGCUUUGUGUCUUUUGUUUUUUUUCCCUGCUGAAAGCCUUUGAGUUUUUGACUGGUGCCAGGCAGGAGGAGGACCCGGUUCCUCUGCCAGAGAGAAAGAGAGAGAGAGAGAGAGAGAGAGAGAGAGAGAGAGACACAGAGAGAGACAGAGAGAGAUAGAGGGAGAAAAACCUAGAAGAAAAAAAGAGAAAAUAAUGCAACAUUGGUGUCAUUUGUGCGCUUAUUUCCACGGUACACUGAUUUAAAGUGUCAACUGCAGGGACUACCACGCGUUGAAGCUUUUAUUAUCCUCCAUGCACGGCCGCUAGAAGGGAAAGAAAAGAAUAAACGGAGCGAAGCGCUGCUGCGUUACAAGUAGGGGAUCAUCACCCUUAAGACCCCGAGAGAGUCCUCGACUUGCAGGGUCUCACCCGAAAACCCGAGGAACGAUGUCAUCUACGAAAUUCAAGAAGGAUAAGGAGAUCAUAGCCGAUUAUGAGACCCAAGUGAAAGAGAUCCGUAACCAGCUGGUGGAGCAGUUCAAAUGCUUGGAGCAACAGUCUGAGUCUCGUAUUCAGCUGCUUCAGGACCUGCAGGAGUUCUUCCGCCGCAAAUCAGAGAUUCAGCUGGAAUACUCCCGCAGCUUAGAGAAACUGUCCGAGAGGUUCUCCUCUAAGAUCCGCAGCUCCAGGGAACACCAACAGUUCAAGAAGGACCAGCACCUGCUGUCCUCAGUAAACUGCUGGUACCUGGUGCUGAACCAGACGAGGCGAGAGAGCCGUGACCAUGCCACCCUCAGCGACAUCUACACCAACAAUGUCAUCCUUCGCUUGGCCCAGAUCAGCGAGGACGUCAUCCGCCUGUUCAAGAAGAGCAAGGACAUUGGGAUCCAGAUGCACGAGGAGCUGGUGAAGGUGACAAAUGAACUUUACACUGUGAUGAAAACAUACCACAUGUACCACACUGAGAGCAUCAGCGCAGAGAGCAAGCUGAAGGAUGCUGAAAAGCAGGAGGAGAAGCAGUUCAGUAAGUCCGGAGAUCUCAACGUUAACCUCCUACGCCACGAGGACCGCCAACCGAGACGUGGCUUUGUCAGGAAAAUUGAGAAGAUGAAAGAGAAAAGGCAAGCCAAGUACUCAGAGAAUAAGCUGAAAUGCACAAAAGCCCGGAAUGACUAUUUGUUGAACCUGGCAGCAACAAAUGCAGUUGUGGCAAAAUAUUACAUCCAUGACGUCUCUGAUAUGAUUGAUUGCUGUGACCUGGGCUACCAUGCUAGCUUGGCACGCACUUUCAGGACUUACUUAUCUGCUGAGUACAACUUGGAGACAUCUCGCCACGAGGGACUGGAUAUCAUAGAGAAUGCAGUGGACAACCUGGACUCCCGCAGUGACAAGCACAAGAUCAUGGAUAUGCAUAACCAGGUGUUCUGCCCUCCAAUGCGCUUUGAGUACCUGCCGCACAUGGGAGAUGAGGUAUGCCAGGUGAGCGCCCAGCAGCCUGUCCAGACUGAACUCUUGAUGCGCUACCACCAACUGCAGUCUCGCUUAGCUACACUAAAGAUUGAGAAUGAGGAGGUGAGAAAGACCUUGGAUGCCACGAUGCAAACGCUGCAGGACAUGCUGACGGUAGAGGACUUUGACGUGUCGGAUGCCUUCCAACACAGCCGCUCCACUGAAUCCAUUAAGUCUGUGGCCUCCGAGUCCUACAUGAGCAAGCUGAAUGUAGCUAAGAGGAGGGCGAACCAACAGGAGACUGAAAUGUUCUACUUUUCAAAAUUCAAGGAGUACCUGAACGGCAGUAACCUAAUCAUUAAGCUGCAGGCCAAGCAUGACUUACUGAAGCAGACACUGGGUGAAGGGGAAAGAGCCGAGUGUGGAACUACAAGGCCCCCCACCCUUCCCCCUAAACCACAGAAAAUGCGGAAGCCUAGGCCACGCUCCAUGUAUAACCAUAAGCUGUUUAACGGCAAUAUGGAGACCUUCAUCAAGGAUUCAGGUCAACCAAUCCCACUUGUUGUUGAAAGCUGUGUCAGAUACAUCAAUCUAUACGGCUUGCAGCAGCAGGGCAUAUUUCGCGUGCCAGGAUCACAGGUGGAAGUCAAUGAUAUUAAAAACUCAUUUGAGAGAGGUGAAGAUCCCUUGAUUGAUGACCAGAAUGAGCAUGAUAUCAACUCAGUGGCAGGGGUACUGAAGCUGUACUUCAGAGGACUCGAGAACCCUCUCUUUCCAAAGGAGCGAUUCCUGGACUUCAUCUCCACCAUCAAGCUGGAAUCUGGAGCUGAGAGAGCGCAUCACAUCCAGCAGAUUGUUGUGACUCUUCCUCGCACCAUCAUAAUCGUCAUGAGAUACCUGUUUGCUUUUCUCAACCAUCUCUCCCAGUACAGUGACGAGAACAUGAUGGAUUCAUACAAUUUGGCAAUCUGCUUUGGUCCAACCCUGAUGCCCAUCCCAGACGGCCAGGAUCCUGUAGCGUGCCAGGCACAUGUUAAUGAGGUCAUUAAGACCAUCAUUAUCCACAAUGAAGUCAUCUUUCCCAGUCAACGUGAGCUGGAUGGCCCAGUGUACGAAAAGUGCAUGACUGGGGGGGAGGAGUACUGUGACAGCCCCCACAGUGAACCAGGAACUAUUGAUGAGGCUGACAAUGGAACUGAACCGCACACCAGUGAUGAAGAGGUUGAACAGAUUGAGGCCAUCGCUAAGUUCGACUACGUGGGACGCACUCCCAGGGAGCUGUCCUUCAAGAAGGGAGCCUCUCUGCUUCUGUAUCACAGAGCGUCUGAAGACUGGUGGGAGGGCCGCCACAAUGGUGUGGACGGCCUCAUCCCACAUCAGUACAUAGUAGUACAAGACCUGGAUGAUGCUUUCUCAGAUAACCUCAGCCAGAAAGCAGAUAGUGAAGCAAGCAGUGGACCACUGCUGGAUGAUAAGAGUUCAUCCAAAAAUGAUGCCCCAUCACCAUGUGAACAAUCACCUGAUUACAACUUUGGAGGAGUCAUGGGGAGGGUAAGGUUACGGUCUGAUGGAGCUGCAAUCCCACGACGUCGGAGUGGCACAGACACUCACAGCCCAACCAGAGGGGCUGACACUCCGCCACGGGCUGCUGCGUGUCCCAGUAGCCCCCACAAGGUGUCCAUCAGCAAAGGUCGUAUAGAGAGCCCAGAAAAGAGGCGCCUUGGCACCUUUGGCAGUGCGGGAAGCAUCAACUACCCAGACAGGAAGGCCUAUCCUGAGGGUCACCCUCUGAGACCAGUGCCGGGAGCCACUCGUCACAGCAGCCUCGGGGACCACAAAUCACUGGAGACUGAAGCUCUGGCUGAGGAUAUAGAGAAGACUAUGACCACAGCACUCCAUGAGCUACGUGAGCUAGAGCGACAGAACACCGUUAAGCAGGCUCCAGACGUGGUCCUGGACACCCUGGAGCCCAUGAAGAACCCAGUCAGCUCCGAGCCCGGCAGUCCGCUGCAUACCAUUAUGAUCCGUGACCCGGAUGCAGCCAUGCGCCGCAGCAGCAGCUCCACCUCUGAGAUGAUGACCACCUUCAAACCAGCUCUGUCCGCCCGGCUGGCUGGAGCUCAGCUGCGCCCCCCGCCCAUGAGGCCAGUGCGCCCUCCUACCACCCAGCACCGCUCGAGCAGCUCCAGCUCCUCAGGGGUUGGCAGCCCUGCUGUGACUCCCACUGAGAAGAUGUUUCCAAGUAACAAUACAGCUGCUGGUUCUAAUAUGAAUACAUCCGGUGAUGCCGGGGAUAAGUCUGGUACCAUGUAGCAAAGGUGGAAUCUGCUAGUUGGGCUGGUUGUAAAGCUUUCUAAAUGAGGGGAAAGCUUAUGGAAAUGGGUGCUGAUGUGUGAAAAGCAGAUAUGGAUGUUUUCCUCUCUGUUUUCUGCCUGACUUAAUUCAUAUAUUCAGGAAGCUCCUGAAGCGAGCCUUCAGUAUGUUACCAUGGUGAUAAAGCGGUGGAAGAAGCUGUAGAGGUGUGAUAGUGAAAAGCUCAACUCUCUUUGAAACUUGAUUUAACUACAGAAAAUGUGUGUAAGAAUACAUGUAUUUCAGUUUUACCUCAGUUUCAACAAACAUCUGUGGCCAUGUACAGUGAAUGCAAGUGAAGCAAUAGGCCUACUUGUGUGAAAUUUGGUAUUAGUUUCCACCCAGCACACGUUUUGCAGGGGAUGUUUCAGUCACUCCUGCUGACGUGUAUGAAACACCUCAUCUGGACGGGUGUAAACAUCCACGCUCAAAUACCAUGUCUGUUUACCGUUUAGGUCACAGGCCUAUGGCUGUACAUACAAACUUACUUGAAGUCGCCAUGCUUUCUGUUUGUACUAUAAUACAGUGGAUGUUCAGCAAAGUAACAACUUAGUGACAUUAUAAAUGUCUGCAUGCAUGGUUUGGAGAAAAUAAGGAAACAUUUCAGACUUCAUUCAGAGAUUUGUAAUAAAGUGGGAUUUUCCCAUAUGGUCAUUGUGAAGAUAAAACAGUUAGAACCUUAAUUUCCAAAGUAACAAAGUAAUACAUUUGGAUCUUACAGUAUUAUAUUUCAAAUCUGCCAUGUGUAUGGCUAUUGGUACUCUAGAUGUUGUACCUUAAGAUAAAAGCAUCCUGGCAUGAAUAUGAUCUCUAAAGUCUUAGAUUUUACUAAUCGGAGCAUUACAAAGCAAGUCAUCCUCCUCCAUCAUGUAUGGUUGGACAGUGGGCAGACUUAACGUGGCUGUUUCCAUGUUCUUUUUCCUAUGUCCUGUAUCUGAAAUGCAGAAAACUAAUGCACCAACUAAUGUAGGAAUCCUGUGGUAAACUUGUAUAUAAUAUAUAACUAGUAAUUUUUUAAGUGUUAAUCUUGUACAGGCUAAUAUGAAAAAGGCAAAGGGUUUGCUGUGAAUGGCACUUCAGAUCAUAAUCCACCCUUUUUUUUUAUCAUAUUCAAUAAACUGCAGAAAUAUUCUUUGGCUGUGUAAAAUAGAGUUCAAAUCAUUUACUGUGUACUGUGUGCUUAGAGUGGUUUUGGUAAUUGUACUGUAGAGAACUGAUUGUUGAACAGACAACAAAGGCUGAAUAAAUGUGUUCUCUAUUAUGUUUUUGACACACCAUUUUCACACUCAGUUCACAAAAGUUGAACUGUCGCCUCUUCAAGUCUAAUUCGGGCCAUUUUUAUGAUUGCAUAAGAUACAUUGAAAAGUGCCCUCUGACAGUUCCUCUUUCCAACUUAAAAUGUGAUACUCAUACAGAGGAACCUGAGAAGCAGAUGUUGUCACAUACUGAUAUCACAGCUGUUUCCUUCCUUCCUGUCCUUUUCUUAUCCUUGUUGAUAGAUACAGUUAUGAUCUGACUGUAGAAUAUUCCUUUUUCUUUGGAAGAAAACUAAAUAGAGAAAAUUUCAGUGUUUAUAUCUACUGUACCUCUUGUCAUUCUGACUGCUCUAGUCCACAGAGCCGCAUCCCAAAGAGCUGGCUCUGUUCUGCAUGUUUUGCGCUGUAAUGCCUGACUCUUAUUCUGGGACAGUUAAACAAUGGCUGUAUGUGGUGCCUUGCCUUGGUAAAACGCACACAAAUUAAUUCAAUAUUGGAUGUUUUAUUUCCUUAACUAAUGGGCCUUAACAAUUAUGGCGAUUGGGAAUGAUGAAAUAAGCUGCUUGCUGCAGUUGCUAAACUAGAAGUGAAAGAGAUUAAUGCUUGAUUGAGCAAAAUAAACUUAAACAUUAGCAUGUGAACAAGUCACUGUCAGCUCUGCAGUCAGUCUGUACAUUCUGCAGUAUUACUGAGAUACAUGCUGUAAACUGAGCAUAAUUGCUUGUUGUCAAUGUGUUGUUUGUAACAGAUUUAAAAAUGUCCAGGGUGGGAGAACAGAGAGCUCCUAACAGCCAGAGAAAGGCAAUACAGCAUUUAACGUCAUAAAGUGCACUCACAUCCUCUGCUGGCCCCUGCUAGUAUUGCCUCUGUAUACCAUCAGCUUUUGUGGGCAUUAAGAGUCUGACCUGGAGCUAAUAUUACAAUCACUAAGCUCAUCCAUAUUGGUCUGUCCUGGUUACAGUUUUGCACCUGUUGAAAUCUAUGAAGAUAUUGUUUAUUGAAAUAAGAAGAAAGCACACACAUUUCAAAAGGUGAAAUUAUCAUCAUUAUAUUUAACUAGACUGUUUUUUUUUAAUUUAUAGACACUUGUGUAAGUGGACCAGGAAAUUUGAGUGCCUUUUGUGCACAACAUCAAUUUUUAUUGGACUUUUAUAUUUACUUUUUUAAAUGUAAUAUGUUGUCUAUUAGUUGUCACGUUUAUUAUAAACUGAUGUUGCUUUUUUAUCUUUUACUUUCUAUUGCUACUUAGUCUUCAAACCACCAUAAGGAAUGCAUUGUGUAAAGAUAUUCCUCUCAUGAAUCACAGAAGAAUCAUCAUGAAAUAUCUGUGUUUGGGUGAUUGUUGAAGAAUAGGAGUUAUAAAAACUACUGUAUACACGAUCUACUGGUGAAGUUCAGUAGAAUCAUCUCAGAAUAUUUCUUUCAUCUUUUUGUUUUUAUCUGUGUGAACUGUGCUGUGAGCCGUAACUUUCUCUCAUUUUGCUCCUUCCCUUUCAAGGCAAAAUCAUUACAGUAUUGUUGGAAACAGCGCGACUGAUAUGGACCCUCUCCUUGCAGAGGUUAUAAGGCACUUGGUGCACUCUCCUUUUCCCUACAUGUGCGGUUACAUGGACGUUUUCUUUGCUGGAAUGUGUGCUUAAAUUGGUAACACUGUUUUUGUCUGCUGAGAAGAUUUAAUAUUCAAAAAGGACAUCACAGUGAGAGCAGACUGAGCGCCUGGUCAUGUUGUAGGGGACCGGAGUGUGAGUUACUGUCACGCUGUUUACCUUCUCUUUAAUUGUUUGUCUAGUGAUGCUGUUUGUUGAUGAGUGUCUGGUUGGUUGAAACCCUGUGAUGUAAUGUAUACCAUACCACUGAAAACCCCUGCGUCCAAAUAAAACCAUUAUUGCUCUGUGA